AUGACAAUUCUAUUCUUCAUGUUUGCAGAGACAUGUGUGUUUAAUGGGAAGUCCUAUACUCAGGGUCAGCAGUGGUAUGAUGGCUGUGACAGAACAUGUGUGUGUGAAGAUGCUCAUAUGGGCUACUACCGCUGUGACGAUAGGUGUGCCAAGUUCCCAAAUCUUCCCAAUACAUGUACGCUGACAGCUGACCCGAAGGAUCCUCAGUGUUGCAAGGUGCCCCAAUGUAUCCCUAUUCCAGGAGUGAAUGGAAACACCAUUAACCCAUCAGCACAACCAAUCAUUGUGACCGGUGUUCCUGGAGUUAUCACAGGGGUUGGUGGUACACCUGUACCACAUCCCUAUUGUAUUUACAAGGGUCAAGCUUAUCACCAAGGUCAGAAAUGGCAGGACGGCUGUGAUUACAAUUGUGAAUGUGUUGAUGGAAAGAUGGGCAAAUACCAGUGUACACAGAGGUGCUCGACCUUCCCCGUCAUUCCACCACAAUGUCAGCUACAGAGGGACACCAAGGACUACUGUUGUUUUGUUCCACAUUGUGACUUCAACCAGACUGUGCCAACUUCAGCACCACAAUUUUCUCCUGUUCCUGGGGCUUCCAAUAUACCAUCCACUGCAUUCUGUGUGUACAAUGGCCUCCCAUUCAAACAGGGACAGGUCUGGGAGGAAGGGUGCUCUAAGCAAUGUCGCUGUGACAAUGCUGUCACCAAUUAUUAUUCCUGUUUUGACAGGUGCCCAUCCUUCAGCAACCUUGACCCCAGCUGUAUCAUGAAGACAAAUCCCAAUGAUCCUUGCUGCCAGAUUCCAGAAUGUCUGAAUUCUCCAACACUUGCCCCCAACAUGCAGCCAACCCUGAUGCCUGGUGCCACACCCAACCCUAACCCCUAUCCAGUUCCAACUUUGCCACCUGGAAAAAUCACUGGGUCUGGUCCACAAGUAAACCCCAACACAGGCUUGCCACAGAUUGUGGGUUUCUGUGAAUACAAGGGUGUACAAUACCACAAAGGCGACACCUGGGAUGACGGCUGUAACUACAAGUGUAAAUGUAUUGAGGAGUCAACUGGCACAUUCACCUGUAAUGAAAGAUGUCCAAGAUUUGCCAAGUUACCGGCCAAUUGUUUCAUGGCAACAGAUCCAAAGGAUACAUGUUGUAAGAUUCCAUCUUGUCCUCCUACUGCUGCUCCUGGUUUGUCGCCCACACCAGCACCAGGCCACACUCUGUCUCCGACUCAAAUGUGUAUAUAUCAGGGUCACCCAUACACCCAGGGUCAGAAGUGGUUUGAUGGAUGUGACAAGAAAUGUACUUGUGAGAAUGCCAAGAUUGGAUACUACUCAUGUUCAGACAGGUGUCCAAGCUAUACCAACCUGACUCCUACAUGUAUAAUGGUUCCUGACCCCAAUGAUCCUGACUGCUGUACAGCUCCUCAGUGUGACAAUACCAACACCACCAACCCCACUGGUGUAUAUGGUUCAAUUGAAGGAAGCGGGCGUCCUCCAACUCUCACAGAGGUUUGUGUCUACAAGGGUACACAGUACACUCAAGGGCAGAAAUGGCAAGAUGGUUGUUCAUACAAUUGCGAGUGUAUGAAUGCUGAUGCUGGAAGAUUCAUUUGUACCGACAGAUGUGCACGCUACCCCAACUUGCCCCUCUCUUGCAGACUGGAGUUUGACCCCAUGGACCCCUGUUGUGAGAAACCAAAUUGUUCACCCAAUCCUGCACCAACCCUUCGACCAGGCCAGACCACACCAAGUCCAAAUGACUUCUGUGUGUAUAAUGGAAUCCCUUACAAACAGGGUCAGACAUGGCAGGUUGGCUGUAAGGAGGUCUGUCGAUGUGAUGAUGCCAAGACAGGCCGUAUCAACUGUGAUGACAGAUGUCCAUCCUUCCCAGUGCUGACCAGUACCUGUUCACUGGUGACUGACCCUAAUGACGACUGUUGCCAGGUACCAAAGUGUGUCAACACUAACACCACCAAUCCUGACCAGGUCAUCAUUGGUGUUCCUGGCACCAUCACUAAUGGAGGACAUGGAACGCUUCCUAUUCCUAACUCUGGCACACGAAAUGGCUGUGUAUACAAGGGAAAAUACUACACUCAGGGUCAGCAAUGGGAUGAUGGUUGUGCUUACCACUGUUCCUGUGAUGACGGCUCCUCUGGAUUAUACAGAUGUACAGAGAAGUGUCCACGAUAUGCCCAGAUUCCGUCCUACUGUACCAUGAUUCAAGAUCCAGCUAACCAGUGUUGUGAGAAACCUUACUGUACACCUUUGAAGACUCCUUCACCUCAGCCAUCUCUAGCUCCUGGCCAAACUCCACCAACUGUAUCGCCCCUAUCACCACCUCAACUGAAUUCUGGAUGUAAUUACAAUGGUCAGAUGUUCAAGCAAGGACAGCUGUGGUAUGAUGGCUGUAGCAAGAUCUGUUUGUGUGAAAAUGGAGCAACCAACUUCUAUCGUUGUCAGGACAGAUGUGCCAAGUUCAACACAAUAGGGGCUGGUUGUACCAUGGUGCCAGAUUCCAGAGAUCCUGCAUGUUGUAAGGUCCCCAGCUGUCCUCUUGUUACUCCAAGUGUGACUCCUACCCCAGGGAUCUACACUCCUGUCCCCUCACCCCCAGGUGUAAUCACUGGGUAUGGAAAAGUGCCUACCCUAGCUCCUAAACCUACACCUUCACCACAACCCGGAGUAUCCACCCUUGCACCAGUGGCUGUCACACCUGUACCAGGUUGCCUGUACAAAGGACAGAUUUAUGGAAAGGGUAUUAAGUGGGAUGAUGGCUGUAACUACAAAUGCGAAUGUCUGGACGAUAUGACGGGACGUUAUCAGUGUUCUCAGCGUUGUCAGAGAUACAACAACAUACCUAAGGAUAAAUGUGUUCUGAUUGAGGAUCCCAACGACAAGUGCUGUGAAGUUCCUUAUUGUGACUUCCUCAACCCUACACCAUUCCCCAAUGGAGCACCAACACCUCAGCCAAUAAUGGCACCAAGUCCAAACCCUGGUGUGUCCCCUACACCAAAACCUAAUGUACAGCCAACCCUGGGUCCAAAUGGAGCUACUCCAGUCAACCCCUUCCUGGUCCCCGUCUACUAUCCUACCAAAUCUCCAAGUAUCACACCUUCACCAAACGGCACAAAUCCUGGACUCAUCCCUCAACAGAAAGGCUUCUGUGAAUACAAGGGUGUGUACUACACUCAGGGACAGACCUGGACUGAUGGCUGCCAGAAAGUUUGUCGUUGUGAGGCUCCUGAGAGAGGAUACUUCCAGUGUUCAUCCAGAUGUCCCAGAUACAGCAACCUGAGCAGCUCUUGUGUGCUGAAGACCAACCCAGCUGACCCCUGCUGUCUGGCACCCGAUUGUAACCAGUACCCUACACCUCGCCCUGACCUACCACCUGUUCCAGGGGCAUCGCCAACCACACCCAUACCAAUCUAUGUACCAUCUGCUGUCACUGGAAGCUUCGUAGGCUCUGCCCAAACACCAAGUGGAAUUACAGGAGGAGGAAUCAAUUUCUGUGUGUACAAGGGUAAAGUGUACGGUCAAGGAAUGACAUGGGAUGAUGGCUGUAACUACAAGUGUACUUGUGAGGAUGCCAGCCGUGGUCUGUACAAGUGUAACGACAAAUGUCCACAGUACUAUCAGCUGCCCUGGCAGUGCCACUACGAGAAGGAUCCAAAGGACUCAUGUUGUCAAAUAGCCAAAUGUGACUUCAACCUGAGCCCAACUCCUGCUCCUUCAACUCCAGCUCCGAUCACCAUGGCCCCAACUCCUCAUGGUUGGACAGGCCCUACUGUCAAACCUUUGGAUGUAUGUUUGUACAUUGACAACACAACCUACAGCAAGGGUCAGACAUGGGAUGUUGGCUGUGACUUCCACUGUGUAUGUGUCGAUCCCAGCCAGAAUAAGUUCAGCUGUAGUGCAAGAUGCCAGGUAUUUGCUAGCCUGCCUUCUGUGUGUUCCCUCGUACCUGAUCCCAGUGACAAGUGUUGCGAGAAGGUAAGCUGUGGUUCAUACACACCAGUUACUGUGAUCAAUGGCACAGCUACACCCCCACCAAACUCCCUCAAUGUGUUACCUGUAGGCACUCAUGACGUAUUUGCUGGCUCAAGUUGGGGACCAGGGUCAGGAACGCAUCCAGUCACAGGCAAACGUGAUAAGUGUAUAUACAAUGGACAGGCUUACUCCCAGGGUCAGUCUUGGAAUGAUGGCUGUCAGUAUGUGUGUACUUGUGAGGAUGCGGAGAAGGGUGUAUACAGAUGUUUGUCUAAGUGUCCAGCCUAUCCUCAGGUCCCAAGCUAUUGCCACAAAGUGACUGUCCCUGGACAGUGCUGUCCAUCUCUGUCAUGUGAUGUACCAGGCUUCGGAAACUACAACCCUGUUCCUCAGUUAGUUCCUGUUGUGGCCCCUACUCCACAACCAGGCGUGUCACCUACUCCCAGGCCAUCAGGUCUGCCUCCUGUCAUCCAUGUGGUCCCCAGUACCUCUCUUGGUAAUACCACUGGUGGCUUUGCUCCUCUGCCUGGAGGUGGCUAUCCUAUUAAUAACAACCAGAUCUCUGGUGUCACAAGCCAAUGUAUUUACAAGAAUAAACUCUACAAUCAAGGAGAGAAGUGGGAUGAUGACUGUGACUAUACUUGUGAGUGUAUUGAUGGACGUACAGGAUAUUACGAAUGUAAACCGAAAUGCCCAGCGUACCCUGAUCUGCCAGCUACAUGCUUCCUGAUUAAGGCUUCAGGGAGUUGUUGUCGUGUUCCACAAUGUACCUAUUAUGGCAUGGUGGUUGACCCUGUUGCUCACCCAGACAUAGGCAUCCCUGUUGUGGGACAGUAUUCCGGUGGUUUUACUGGCUUCAAACCCGGAAUUAACUUCACACAGACUUUCCCAUCAUUCUCCAACUUGAGAAAUGUUUGUGUCUAUAAGGGAGUAACCUACAAGCAGAAUGAUAAGUGGGAUGAUGGCUGUGACUUCUCCUGUAUCUGUGACGAUGCUAGUACUGGUCAUUAUCAGUGUAAUACCAAAUGUCCAACUUUUGCCAAGUUACCAUCCUACUGUACUUUGGUUUCACAACCAGGCGACUGUUGUAAGAAGGUUCAGUGUGACCCUGGUCUACUUCUGAUAUCUACGACCACACCUGUUACUCUUACACCUACCCCCUAUCCCCCAACACCUACACCUGAUCCAAAAGGACCCCACUGUUCUGAUGCCAUUGACAACUGUGCUACUUAUGGAAGGAAUGCCUGCUCUCAGUAUGACAGCUGGGCCAUGCGUAACUGCCAGGCAUAUUGUGGUCUAUGUAGUGUUUCUACAAUAACACCAUGUAGAGACCAACUGCCAAACUGUCAUGAAUUUGGCUACUCCCAAUGUUCUGGUAUCUACACUGUCUGGGCCAAGGACAACUGUGCUGAUUAUUGCGGCCUAUGUCCCGGAGCUACACACUUCCCAACAACUACUGUCACUACCACUACUGGUUUACCCUGUGUGGAUGUCCUUCCAAACUGUCAAGACUUUGUUGCUGCCAACUUCUGUAGUGAUCCAGCCUACCGCAACUGGUCACUGACUAACUGUGCUUACACUUGUGGCUUGUGUAAUGGUAAUGCUCACGGACCAACUUCGACUGUUGGAUCAAUGACCACUGGUAACGGCUGGCUUCUGCUGAUGAAGGGUGUUGCAGGAGUUCCUGGUAACCUCUACCAGUUGUGGUCAGGUACUGCAACGCUCAACCCCAACGUUCCAGAGGCCUCAUACCUCACAGCACAGUAUCCUGGUCACUACAAACCAGAUUACUCUAACAACUGGGGGUCACUCUGUCUGGACCAGGUGAAGGUAUCAAUCUACAACAAGGGUGUGGAGAAGGCCUGGAUUGUUUUCAAUGCCACAGGAGCUGACAAGAUGAACUGGUAUACCAAGGACCGAAUCAUUGAUUCCAGUUGGUCUGAUAUCAAGACAGCUGCUAGCCAGUUUUCUAUGGCUGGAGACCCAACUUUUGGCCGCCAAUUUUAUGCCAGUGGAAAUUCCAAUGGGUGCGAUUCAUCUGGAUGGAUGAUGAUUUCUACUACGACUACUAAUCCCUGUUUCUUCGAAUCAGGAAGCAAGCCUGCUUUCUAUUAUGCUCCAGGACAGACCCAAGCAAGAUGGGGAUUUACUAAAGGAACUGGUGAUGUCUUUGCAAUCCAGGGCCACAGCACAUGUCCGACAACACUUGUGAUGCCUACAAAUUCAGGAUCAAGAAAUGGCUGUACAUACAAGGGUCAAACUUACAAAGCUGGAGAUAACUGGGUGGAUGAUUGUAAAUACAACUGUACCUGUGAUUCUGAUGUCACUGGUCACUACACCUGUAACGACUUGUAA